AUGGCGAAAGUGGAGCAGGUUCUGAGCCUAGAGCCGCAGCACGAGCUCAAAUUCAAAGGUCCCUUCACAGAUGUUGUCACUACCAACCUAAAGCUUGGCAACCCUUCUGACCGAAAUGUAUGUUUUAAAGUGAAGACUACUGCACCCCGCCGGUACUGUGUGAGACCCAAUAGUGGAAUUAUUGAUGCAGGAACAUCAAUCAAUGUGUCUGUGAUGCUACAGCCUUUCGAUUAUGAUCCUAAUGAGAAAAGUAAACACAAGUUUAUGGUUCAAUCUAUGUUUGCUCCGACUGACACCUCAGAUAUGGAAGCAGUAUGGAAGGAAGCAAAACCAGAAGAUCUUAUGGAUUCAAAACUUAGGUGUGUGUUUGAAUUGCCAGCAGAGAAUGAUAAACCGCAUGAUGUAGAAAUAAAUAAAAUUAUGUCCACAACGGCAACAAAGACAGAAUCAUCUGUUAUGUCUAAAUCUAUAAGUUCUUCUUUGGAUGAUACUGAAGCUAAGAAAGUAAUGGAAGAAUGUAAAAGGCUGCAAGUAGAAGUUCAGAGGUUACAGGAGGAAAACAAACAAUUUAAGGAAGAAGAUGGGCUGCGGAUGAGGAAGACACUGCAAAGCAACAGCCCAGCUUCUGCUUCAGCCACCAUUGUGAAAGAAGAAGGGCUUAGUACCCGACUUCUUGCUCUGGUCGUUUUGUUCUUUAUCGUCGGUGUAAUUAUAGGGAAAAUCGCCUUAUAGAGGCAGCAUGCAAAGGCUGGUAAAUUGGAUUGAUGGAUCUGCCAUAUCAUGGGAUUUAAAUUUAUUCAUAACAAAGAAAUUAAUGUAUGACAUCUCACAGGUCUUGCCUUUAAAUUAUCCCCCUCCCUUCCCCCUGCACAAAUAUAACAUAACAUAAUCUCCUAGAAAGUUUGAAAUGUACAGUGAAUAAUCGGGGCAAAAACUAAAUGCAAAAAGAAUGAUCUUUACUAAAUGCAAGGAAAAUCAUGGUUAAUACUCAAAUGAUAUGUUGUAAAUGCAAUUUUAAAUAUUUUUAGACCUUGGUACAUGUUGCUGGAUUACCUCUUUUAAAAUGAGAAACUGGUUCUUUGACUGCUAGAGUUUCCCCUUCAGAUAGUGGGAAUUAGAGCUAAGCAGGAAGGGUCAGGAAUCUCUGUAAAAUAUAUUAAUCCACCAUACAUACUACUUAUGAAUUAAAGAGUUUCUGUCCAUGUCUUCAGUUCUGUACAAUUUACCAAUUAUUUUUGGGGGAACUUAAGUGAAUUCAGAAGCUGAAAAGAAUAAAGUGAUGGCAUUGAAUGUGCUAAUCACCAAUAUAAAGCAUAAAUCGAUUAAUGGUACACAACAUUUUAGGAGAAAGGUUAUUGCCUUGUUUCUCUUAAAGGGACCAAGCUAAACUGCUAUUGGUUCGUUUAGUUGAAUUAAACUGUUACUCAGAGAUGUUUAAUGCCUAUUUAACUUAUUUAAUGUAUUUCAUCUCAUGUUUCCUUAUUGUCACAAGGUUAUGACUAAUGCUAUGGCAUAGAAAUCACCGCUCUAAGGCUGGUGAGUUGAUUUGUCAUUGCUGCUGGAGAGCUGUGCGAUCCUUCUUUCUCCUGCUGUCUUUUUUUGGAGGGGCACUACAUAAAUGUGGACUUUGGAUUUAUUUGAACAUUGGAAAACAACGGUCAGGAAAUGUUUUUCUAUGUAAAUAAAUAACAUCUAUCUUGGGGAAGGGAGGGAAAUUAUACCAGUAGUAGUAAUAGUCAACUCUUGAUUACCCUGCUGAUGGAGAGGUAGCCAUAGUGCAGAUAACCUUUUAAAAAAUGUUAUUUUAAUGUCACUCUUGAAUUCAUCCUAUUUCAUUUUCCCUCACUGUGCUUAGUCUCAGUCCCUGUCCCCUGCCCACCCCACCCCCAAAUUUGGCCCUUAAUUGGAGUAGCAACAUGGAAAAUUAUCCCAGUAGUAUGGAGGGGACAGUGUUCUAGAAGUGGCUAGGGGAGAUAGUCCUGGAGAGAAAUGGGAGGCAAGAGAGAGGAGACCCACCCCAAAUGAGGGGCUUGGUGAUCAGGGGAAACAUUCUCCCAACUAACCUACAAAGCAGAUAAUUGAGAGUUGACUGUAAAUUAGUUCUAUGCCGUAAAUGACCAAUCCUGAUGGACUAUGUAGCAUCUUUAAAAGAAAAAAAAAAUUAAAUAAAGCCCCAAAAUGAAGAUUUCUUUUGUUAUUUUGUCACAUUUGCUAGAGAAGAAUUUAUUUAGAAUGACAGGCACUACCUGUGUUUCAUAAUGCCUUCUAAAUUAGCAAUGUCUUCUUAGAUCCUCUUGGCCUUGACUAUAAGGCUACAGAUGGAACUGCUAAAAUUUUAAGUGGCCAUCCUUGUUUUAAAAAAAAAAAAAAAAGCCUUUUGCCUUCUUCAAGUUUGGAAUUUUUCAGUUACUGGAUUUCCAAGAAAGGAAACCUUACCUCUAAAAUGAAACAGCUGUAAUAAUUAAUUGAAAUUGGGCUCUAUUAACUUACCAUUCACUGGUCUGUGAAUUUAUCUGUUAGGAAAGAAAAUGAGAAGAGUAAAGAUGAACUAGUUCAGCUAAGAAAUUUAGCAUGACUCAAGUAUUUUAGGUGCUUCCCAGAACAGGAUCUUCUUUGAAGGCAGGAUGCUAGUUCAGCAAGCCACUCUGCACAAUGCUUCCCUCCUUUGAACCCAGAGCCUCUGUGACGAACAGAGCAGUAAACUUUAACAUGUUGAUCCACAAGUCUCUGUUUAUUUUGCCAUCCAGUGUUACUGUAGAAGGAGGGUGGUGAUUAGGCUGAGAUGUUUUGGGGUGGCGUAAAAGCCACUGAGUCCUAAAGUUUCUAAAAUUCCAGCCUAUUUAUGGAGAAUCUGCCCUCAUUUUGUACAAGAAUGGGUUUUAACUAAAAUUUUAAUACAAAGAUGUCAAUCCCUUCUCCUGUCAGCCAGUGAAUAUUUGUCUUUUGUUUUGCUUUUUGGCUAGGGUUCUAUAUUCUGUGUUUAUUUUUGUGAGCUUAGGGAGAAGUUUGUUUUCUAUCAUUAUCAGAGUAUAAAAUUCAGAGCCCUAGGGCAUCCAAACAACUGGCAGAGAAAGGCAUAAUAGGCAUCAGAAAUAUAUUAGUAUUUCUGGUAUCUUAUCAAUCAUGAUGGAUAGAGGGCAGAGAGGGUGGGUAAAGGAAGAGAUAGAUACAGAAUGGGGGAGAAGAGAGGUGAAUCCAUCCAGUGAAGAGAGAAGGAAAGCCAUUAAAAUAAAUCUAAGAAGAGAAGAGAAGGACUAGUGAUCAAGGAUAACCCUAGGAAGUGUGAUGAUAUAUAAGUAAGGCUGUAAAGAGAUUGGAGGGAUAGGAUAUUAGACUUUGCUCUUAAAUUUCAAACCACUGCUCAAAGCUCAGCCCUUGCCCUCUAAAUCCAGUCCCCAAUGAAGGCCAUCUCAAUAAAGAGCAUGCAAGAAGACGUGAGCAGUCAUCAAGUUUCAUAAAAUUUUAUCAAGCAUAUUUUUAAAUUGAGAAUUUAAGCUCCCUUGGAACCUCAGCCAUGGGGAUAACAGUGGCUGUGUGUUAUUCCCACAUAAAGUUUGCAUCUUAGAUGCAGUUUAAAAAAAAAAAAAAAAAAAAAAAAAAA